AUGGGCGAAGAGCAAGAAUAUGACGGGUACAAUCCUAAGCGACGCCGCUUGGAUGGCGCGCACUCGAGAAAUCGAUUCGGCAAAGACUCACGCGGAUCGACGCCGCGCGCCCAUUCACGCUAUGCGCCAACGCCGGCUCGCCAGCAGGAGAAUGAGCAACAGCCUCCCGACGAGGAUUGGAAAGUGCUAGACCGGGAUUGGUACAUGCAGGAUGAGUUUGGGGGGCACGCUUUCGGUGACGAGACGCACAACCCCUUUGCGUCCUACGAAGUGUCGACCGCGGAGGCGCUGCAGCUCGAGUCUGCCCAGGCCGAAAAGAUGACCAGCCGAUACGACGCGCGACAGGAACAACGGCGCAAGGAAAACGACGCCUGGGAGACGAACCGAAUGCUGGUGUCGGGCGUGGCCCAGCGGCGCGACAUGGCCUCAGACUUUGACGACCAGGAGGCGACCCGCGUGCAUCUGCUUGUGCACGAGCUGCGGCCGCCGUUCCUCGACGGGCGCACCAUCUUCACAAAGCAGCUCGACCCGGUGCCGGCGGUCCGGGACUACCAGAGCGACAUGGCCGUGUUUAGCCGUAAGGGAAGCAAGGCUGUCAAGGAGGCACGCCAGCAGCGAGAGCGGCAGAAGCAGGCACAGCAGGCGACGAGCUUGGCGGGUACCGCGCUGGGCAAUAUCAUGGGUGCCAAGGAAGAUGACGGCGACAGCGCGCUGCCUGCACCGGUCGAGGCGGAUACGGAGACUGCGGAUCGCAAGGGCGGUAACAAAUUUAGCGCGCACAUGAAAAAAGCCGAGGGCGCAAGCGAUUUCAGCCGCAGCAAGACAUUGCGGGAACAGCGAGAGUUUUUGCCUGCGUUUGCGGUGCGCGAGGAGCUGUUGCGCGUCAUUCGAGAAAACCAGGUCACGAUUGUAAUUGGAGAGACGGGUUCGGGUAAGACGACGCAGCUUACGCAGUUUCUGUACGAGGAUGGGUACGCCAAGACCGGCAUGAUUGCGUGUACGCAGCCUCGUCGUGUUGCGGCAAUGAGUGUCGCUAAGCGUGUAGCGGAGGAGAUGGACGUGGAGCUGGGAACGACUGUUGGUUAUUCCAUUCGUUUUGAGGAUGUCACGAGUAAGGACACCGAAAUCAAAUAUAUGACGGAGGGUAUUCUGCUACAGCACUCUCUCACCGAGCCCGACUUGGACCGAUAUUCGUGCAUCAUCAUGGAUGAAGCCCACGAGCGUGCUCUCAAUACUGAUAUCCUGUUUGGUUUGUUCAAGAAGAUUUUGUCGCGCCGGCGCGACUUGAAGCUCAUUGUCACUUCUGCCACCAUGAACUCUAGGCGAUUCUCCGAGUUUUUUGGUAAUGCGCCUGAAUUUACCAUUCCUGGACGUACAUUCCCCGUCGACGUCAUGUUCCACCGCUCGCCUGUCGAGGAUUAUGUCGACCAGGCGGUGCAGCAGGUUCUCGCCAUUCACGUUUCUAUGGAUCCCGGUGAUAUCCUCGUCUUCAUGACCGGUCAGGAGGACAUUGAGAUUACCUGCGAGCUGGUCCAAAAAAGGCUGGACGCGCUCAACGACCCGCCCAAGCUGAGCAUCCUGCCCAUUUACAGCCAGAUGCCCGCCGACCUGCAGUCCAAGAUUUUUGAACGCGCCGAGGCGGGCGUCCGCAAAUGCGUGGUCGCGACCAACAUUGCCGAAACGAGUUUGACCGUCGACGGCAUCAAGUACGUGGUGGACGCGGGCUACAGCAAGAUGAAGGUGUACAACCCCAAGAUGGGCAUGGACACGCUGCAAAUCACACCCAUUUCACAAGCCAACGCCUCGCAGCGGUCCGGUCGCGCCGGCCGCACAGGUCCCGGCAAGGCCUUUCGGCUCUUUACCGAAAAGGCCUUCAAGGAGGAGCUCUACCUGCAGACAAUUCCAGAAAUCCAGCGCACCAAUCUUGCCAACACGGUGCUAAUGCUCAAGUCGCUCGGCGUCAAGGACCUGCUCGAGUUUGACUUUAUGGACCCGCCGCCGCAGGACACCAUUUCGACAUCCAUGUUUGACCUGUGGGCGCUCGGCGCGCUCGACAACCUCGGCGAGCUGACAGAAAUUGGCCGCAAGAUGAGCGCGUACCCAAUGGACCCGUCGCUCGCCAAGCUGCUCAUCAUGGCGGCCCGCUACGGCUGCAGCGAGGAGAUGAUUACGAUUGUGUCGAUGCUGUCGGUGCCCAACGUGUUUUACCGCCCCAAGGAGCGCCAGGACGAGGCCGACACGCAGCGCGAGAAGUUCUGGGUGCACGAGUCGGACCACCUGACGUACCUGCAAGUCUACCAGGCGUGGAAGGCGCACGGCUUCUCGGACGGCUGGUGCGUCAAGCACUUCUUGCACUCCAAGUCGCUGCGGCGCGCCAAGGAGAUUCGCGAGCAGCUGCUGGACAUUGCGCGCAUGCAAAAGAUGGAGCUCGCCAGCUGCGGCAUGGACUGGGACAUGAUUCGCCGCUGCAUCUGCUCCGGCUACUACCACCAGGCGGCGCGGUACAAGGGCUCGGGCGAGUACAUUAACCUGCGCACCAACCUGCCCGUGCAGCUGCACCCGACGUCGGCGCUCUACGCGGGCCACCCGCCCGACUACGUCGUCUACCACGAGCUGGUCCUCACCUCCAAGGUGUACGUGUCGACGGUGACGGCCGUCGAUCCGCACUGGCUGGCGGACAUGGGCGGCGUGUUUUACUCCAUCAAGGAGAAGGGGUACUCGGCGCGGGACAAGAGAAUCACGGAGACGGAGUUUAACCGGAAAAUGGAAAUCGAGGCCAAAAUGGCAGAGGAUAAGCGGCAGGAGGAGCUGAGGCUCCAGGACGAGGCGGAGUGCGCGAGCCAGGCCAAGAAGAAGAUUAACAGCGCGGACGGGAAAAAGUUUGUGACGCAGGGUGCGGUGAAGAAGCCGGUGGUGAAAAGGAGAGGACGUGGUUUCUAA